AUGUCAAAGCUGCCGGCUCGUGGGGCCGUGGCAGGCAUCAAGGAGGACCUGAAACGGGCCAAGGAGGGAGAUGGGAAGUACGACCCGCGAGGGGCAGGCGCUGGAUGGAGCCACAAUUUCCUCAACCAGAAGCCAUGGCACCCCAUGAACUUCCGCAACCAGGUCAGGAAAUACGAUGCCGAGCAGAGGGCCAUCGCGGAGCAGAAGGCCAAGGAGCAGGGCCAGGUGCGCGCCGACGCUCGAUGA